GAGGAAAGGACGAUUGUAAUGGAAUUCUUAAAGCCUCCAAUCAAUCACAGUGUACGACAGCUUCCAACAUUCGCAGUGCUAGCCUCACAUACACGUCAUUGUAUACAUAAACUGAUGUGUUUCCUGGAAUCAUUUUCCAUUUUCAUUAGUCCCAUCAGAGCUAAUCAAUGAAAAUAAGAAGCUUAAGCUGAAAAAUAGAAAUACCUUUAGAAAUUGAAGUGCAAACUGCAGAAAACAGCCCCACGCCAUCCUAUCCCUUUGCUCUUUUUAUUUUUUUGGAUUAUAGGGAAUAUUGUGUCCAAGGGAAAGGCUAUUGAAGUGAGAGGCACUCCUGAAAUGGCGAGUGCUAGUAAGACCUUUUGUUAAUCUCUUAGUGGCUGUCAAUUGUCAAUCAAACUUCUAUAUAAGCAUAUUCCUAUCGUACUGAAGAAACAAAGUGCUCAGUCCACAGCAUCAAAUUCAGGAGAUUGACAUGGCGAUCCCCUUCCUUCUUGUUGUUCUUAAGUUGCUGAUGAUCUUAGUAUUUUCGGGUUGGGUUUCACUUUGGCUUCUUAAGCCCACGGAAAUAUGGACACAGAAAUGGAAAGGAGCUGAAGAAAGUGCAACCACCACUGUAUUUGGCUACAAUGGGCUUGACUUUGCUGUCUAUAGCUUUCCACUUAUUUUUCUGGCUAUAGUUGGAUUCAUUUACUUGGAAUUAAAGCAGAAGGAGCCAAGAAGCAGGCAAGCGAGAAGUCCUGGAAAAGCUCUCUCAAAUCCACUCAUUGUCAACAGUUAUGUUGGUAUCGUAUCUGCAGUUGAGGUUCUUGCAGUAUCGCUCUUUGUCCUCUUCCUGGCAUGGACGUUCUAUACUCGCAUCUCCAACGAUUACAGAAAAAUGUUGCCGGUCAAAAACAUGAAACUGAACAUGUGGCAGUUCAAAAUCUUUAGGGUGGCAACGCGGUUGGGUUUGUUAGCAGAAGCAUGCCUAGCGCUACUACUUCUUCCUAUAUUGAGGGGUUUGGCCAUAUUUCGGAUACUUGGCAUCCAAUUUGAAGCUUCAGUAAAAUACCACAUUUGGCUUGGAACUGCAAUGAUACUUUUCGCCACCUUACAUGGGGCAGGCACCUUCUUCAUAUGGGGUGUCAAAAACCUUAUUCAAGAUGAGAUGUGGAGAUGGCAAAAAACAAACAGAAUAUACCUUGCCGGUGAGGUUACUCUUGUUACAGGGCUAGUCAUUUGGAUCACAUCACUUCCACAAAUAAGGAGGAGACAGUUUGAAAUCUUCUACUACACACACCAUCUGUACAUAGUCUUUUUGGUAUUCUUCUUGUUUCAUGGUGGAGAUAGACACUUCUACAUGGUAUUUCCCGGGAUUUUUCUCUUUGCCCUUGAUAAGCUACUCAGAAUCAUACAGUCAAGACUAGAAACGUGCAUACUUUCUGCUAGAGUCUUCCCUUGCAAUGCUAUAGAGCUUGUUCUUCCCAAAGACCCAAGACUGAAGUAUGCUCCAACAAGCGUGAUAUAUAUGAAAAUACCGAGCAUAUCUAAAUUACAGUGGCACUCGUUUAGUGUAUCGUCUAGCUCGAGUGUAGAUGAAAACACUAUGUCUGUGAUAGUCAAAUGCGAAGGAGGAUGGACAAGUUCUCUGUACAACAUGGUACAAACUGAGCUAGGCUCAGAAGCUGAUCAGAUGAAGUGUAUUCCAGUUGCAGUCGAAGGGCCUUAUGGACCUACUUCACUCGACUUCCUUAGGUACGACAGCCUACUCUUGGUUGCCGGAGGAAUAGGGAUAACACCAUUCCUUAGCAUGUUGCAAGAAGUUGAAUUUGUCCAAAGCAGUGGAAAAAAGAGGAUCCCUUCACAAAUACAACUCAUUUAUGUAGUGAAGAAGUCCCAAGACAUAUGCCUUUUAGAGUCAGUUUUGCCUUCACUGCUAAACCAGAAAUCGGAACAGUUCCACCUCAAACUAAAAGUGUUUGUGACCCAAGAGCAAUCUGGUGCAACUAUUCGGGAACUACUGAACGAGUUUUCUCGAGUGGAAACAGUAAACUUUGACACUCAAUGUUCAAAUUACGCCACGUUUGGACUCGAGAGACCACUCUGGAUGGCUGCCAUUGUUGGGCUUUCUUCAAUCGUGUUUCUCAUCGUUCUUUGUUGUUUCAACGCCGCCUUUUUUCAUCCCAUUAAAAAGGCCUCCAAACCAAAGUACCCCACUUCGGUAAUUGACCUUUUGCUAAUCUGUUCUUUUUCUAUAGCUAUCAUGUGUGGAACCUUCGUAGCUAUUGUUCUAAGAUGGAGGAAGCUACAAAAAGAGCUUCAAAUACGCUCUCAAAAUCCGGUAAAAGAAAUCAAACCAAGUUUGUUGGAAUCAAGUCGUGCACUCGAGGAACAUGAAAUUCAUUUCGGAGGAAGGCCUAAGCUUCAAGACGUAUUUGCACAGUUUCCAAACGAAACAGGCGGUUCCGAUGUUGGAGUCUUUGUGUGUGGACCUGAAGGAAUGAAAGACUCAGUGGCCUCAUUGUGCCAGAUGAAGUCUCAAGGUAUCAGAAUGGGUGCUCACAGCAAGAAGCCAUACUUCAGUUUUCACUCACUCAAUUUCACCCUCUAAGGGCUUCAAUAGACAGUGGAAUUCUCGAGAUGCUCUGUGUAUCUCUAAGCAUAUAGAAUCAUAGAUACUUCUUUCUCAUAUAAACAGAACCAGAAGUUUGUUAGUUUGCUCAUGUUGUGGUCUUUAAAUCUUCAAAAUAGCAACCCAUUUCCUUGUAUCAUAAGUUUAGACAAUCUGCUCACAUGCUGAGCAUUUCUCUACAUUAGACUGUUAUAGUUUUCGUUAGAAAGUCCGCGAUUCUAAAGAAAUAGUUUCUAAAAAAUGUAAUCCGCAACAUGUACAAACUCGCCUUUCGAAGAUCAGAAUCAUGCAUCCGUCCAUGGAGUACUACUUUUA